CUCUCUCUCAUUAAUAAAUGGGCAGGCGUGGACCGUUCUAAUACUCACUGACGGUUGACGCGACUCUCACACACAUAAAGACAGGCAUGCUAAGAACAGGAGCUUUUCCUUUCCUCAAGUCUGAGAAUGUUCGAGCAUCACUCUACCUGCAUGACUGCCGAGCGAAGAAGCAACCUUUGUGGUAGCUUAAACAAAGCAACUGGACCAAGACUGGAUUAAUUAUGAUGCUGUAUCGGUGGGCUGUGAGGACCAGGAUGAACAUUAAUGUUCCCGCAGCGCUGUUGACCAUUAUGAGCUUCUUCAGACCUCUAGCAAGCUGCCCAUCCAUCUGCAUCUGCAACAGCACCCACUCCGACUGUAGCAGCUCCUUCAACCUGCAGAUCUCCUUCAACUCCAUUCUGAACCAGCUACCUCCUAACCUCACUUCCCUCACCAUCUCUGAAAACAACAUAACCAUGAUAAAACCACAAUCCUUCGCAAACCUCAGCAGCCUGUUAAGACUAGAUCUUUCCAGAAACAACCUACUCAGCCUCCACCGCUCUACUUUUUACCAACUGAGCAGCCUGGAGUUUCUAGACCUCUCCAGCAACUUCCUACUGAACCUUCCAGUGGAUCUCCUCUCUGACCUCAUCAGCCUCAGAGAACUGGUUCUGAGAGACAAUAGGAUAAAUAUGUUGAGCCCAAUACAGUUUCAUAGCCUGACUCAACUCCAGCACCUGGAUCUUUCCUUCAACAGCCUGGACUCCCUGCCCCUAGGUGUCCUGGAUGGGUUGCAGGCCCUAGUGUGGCUCUCUCUGGCUGGGAAUAAGAUAGGCACCCUGCAGAGAUCAGUGCUGGAGCCCCUCACUGUUCUACAGCACCUUCAGCUGGAGGAAAACAACUGGAACUGCAGCUGCAGCAUAAUUCCAUUUAAACACUGGUUGGAAUGGAUGCUCUAUAGAGGCGGUCAUGUGGAUUCCAUACAGUGCUCUCUCCCUGCAAUUCUACGAGGAAGGGACCUCCGCAGAGUGCCAAUGGAGAUGUUCAGACACUGCUCUCAGCUUCCUAUCCCAGAAACCAGGCAUCAUUCUGCCUCCUGUUUCAGGACAGCUGACGGUUUACUGGUCUCCACUGACCCAGCAGCAGACUGCUACCGGCAGCGGCAUAAAACUGUCAGCGUUCGCCGAGCACCCAUCACUGUGGUGGUGGCAGGGGUGGUGUGUGCAGUAGUGUGUGUGAUGAUGGUGGUGGCAGCCACCUAUGGCUGCAUCUACGCCAUGCUGGCAGCCCACCACCAGCAGCAGCUACUGGAGAGGAGUCUGCAGGUCCAGCAGCAGCCGCUGAUGGAUGAAAGGGAGGCGGAGCCAGAAGAAGAGGAGACAGCGCCUGACCUUAAUGAGGAAGAGAAGGCUCCAGAGUGCACAGAGUGGAUAGCGUUUCCACCAGAGGUCUGUGUGUGAGACCAGUGAGACCUCAGGACAUGAAUGAAACCAGUAACCAGUAACUGAUCAACCACUAAAAAAUGAUCAAUUUCUUUGUGUUUGAGGAAGGUAUUCAAAAGGUCCAUACCACAGAUUGCACUAUAGUUUGUGUAUAAAACAUAAGCUGUUAGAAGAAAAUAGUCUGUUUACAACAAUACCAAUAUUCGUAUAUACGUUAUACCUCAUAUUCAGUCAACAAAAAAUAUUAUAUGUGUUAUGUUUGAAUGUUAUGUGUUUCUAUUGUUUUUUUAAUUAGGCACGGGGGGGGGGGGUAA